AUGGGGAAAAAGAGAGGAUCUAAGCAACAGGAGAACUCCUGGAGCAGGCGGCUUCUCGACCCAAUUGGCAACUGGCUCACCAAUCGCGCGAUAUCGUGCAACGAGAAUAACUUGCGGAAAACACGACAAUAUCUCAACGAAAUCGACCCAGAUUCUUGCCUGAUCCUUCUCACCAAAGUACUCCGUCAGCUGCUGGAUGGGACCAAAGAUGUGGAGAGUAUCUUCAAGUCCAAUGCAACCACCGAUCGCAGCGGAAAAUGCGGGUGGGAAAGGGACAAUUUUGCCGGAUUUCUUCAAAGCAGACUGCCAGGGAACGAGGCAGUGACUGCCUCUGUACCAAUACUCUGGUCAGAUGGUAGCACCUCGGAUUGGAAAGAUAGUAGGGAGUCCUAUGCCGAGAAGGUACCGCAACUCCCCCGAAUCAUCUUUAGGAGCUCAAGUAUCCCUUGGGUGAGAUCAGCGACGCCGCCAUCUUGGAAUUCUUAUGAAUCGCUGCAUCUCCAGGAUAUCAAAGAAACAAUCUCAUUCACACAACCUAUCAUAACUCAGGAGUUUUCCAUCGAACCGCUCAGGGAGGCCGAUGAAGAGUGGGAGGCCGCUGCACGUCGCGUUCAACUCACUGGUUAUAAACAGUCGGGAUUAAGCGAGUCACCUAUUGCCAUAAGUAAAGCUCAUUUCGAGAGAUUAGUCCAGCUUCUCUUCCUACAGCGUGGAGAAGAUAGAUGCUGGAGAGUUGGGCAUAACUUUUAUUCCCCCCAUCGCUCUGGGGACAUUGUGUACUAUGACCUCAGCUCGGACACGGAUGAGAUAUCACGGGCUGCUAAGCUCGCGCCUGCCUUCACAGCUUAUCAGUUUCCGAGUGGCAAGGACUGUAUCAUAUUAGAGCAGUUCUAA